AUGGACACCACUACCACCGACAACGACAGCUUCGUCACCGCCGACGCUCGAGAGCAUGAUGGCAAGACGCAACCGGCCGGGAACACUAUACGCGCGCCAUCAGAUAUCAGCGAACGCGGCGAUGAUCGUGAGAAAGACAGCAUCGAGGAUGAUGGCGAGGGUCGAAGCAACGACACCGUAGAGAGUACCGAGGCCACAGGCGGCGCCCACGAUGACGAGAAUGAAGCGGAUGUGAACGAAGCUGUCGCCAUCUACAACGCAAUCAGCGACGAGACUGCAGGCAGCGAGGACAACAGCCCAGGCGGUGAGGGGAGCUCCGAAGGCGAGGAGUCUGGCACCAAAGUCGCAACACCAGGCCGAAAGGGCGGGAAGGAUGUCGAGCAGAGCAUCGCCGCGCCCCCACCACCAUUCAUCAUGCCCAUCACCAAAGCCGAAAUGCUUGCCUUCCUCGACGAGCACGAUGGCGACGACACAUGUCGCAACGUAAAGGAGUGCAUCGCGAUCGCUCGUGCAUUGGUCGAACAGCAACCCGAAGCCGCUCUUGAUCCCAGGCAAAUGCUUGCUCGUCUUGAUCAAUGGGCCAUCGGUGCGGACGAGAAUAAGCUCAUGAAUAUCGAGAUCGCGCGUAUGGUUAUUGCUAGGAUGGAGAAGGAGAAGGAGAAGGAGGAGGCUGAGGAGGCUGUUGGGACUCCGAAUAAACGUAAGCGUCAGACUAAGGCGAAGAUGAGGGAUGGGGAGGAGGAGGAGGGCACGCUGGCUAAGAAGGGUAGGACUCCGGGCAAGUUGAAGGGUGCUGGGAAGCUGAAGAAGGGGAAGGAGGUUGACGAGAAGGUGGUUGGUGAGGAGGGAGAGGGAGAUGAAGAGGAUUGA